UAAAUUCUGAACCACACCAGUUCGACCGAUUGGAUCUACGACGAAAGCAUCAUGGCGUUGACAUCCACCACCGCCCCUGGAAAGGUUUUUGCAUCGAGAGCCGAAAUUGCUAAUCACUACAAGAGCGACUGGCACAAAUACAACCUGAAACGCCGCGAGGCUGGACUUCCGCUUCUAGAAGAAAAAGAAUUUCAGGUGCGACUGGAAGCUGCUCUUGCGCUGCGAAAAGAGAAAGAAAAAAAGAACGGAACGGAUCACAUCAAAGACGUGAACAGCAAAAAGAGCAAGAAGAAAAUCGAGAAGAAGAACAAGAGAAACAAAAAUGCUUCUGCCGAGAAGAACAACAAAUCGUCUACUGCUGCCGAUACCGAAAUGGCUACCGAAGAACAAAGCGAGGCCGAAGCAACGAAAUCUCGGAUUCCUGCUGCCUUGGCCGCCAGUCAAGAAAAUCCAGAAAUCGAUCCCAAACAGAGUCUUUUCGACCAACAUGUUUCUCAUAGUCUGAAGGAAAAUGUCCACUACAUGCAACAAAAGUAUGGAUUUUUUAUCCCCGACAAAGAGUGCAUUGCAGAUCUCGAAGGCCUAUUGGGUUAUUGUCACGAAAAAAUCAAAUUGGGUCACUAUUGUCUUUAUUGCAACCAGUAAGUGGGGUUGAGUCAUGUCUAGUUUCCUUUCUAUCAAUUCGGAUCGACUAUUUCCCGUUGAUGUGUUGUUGUUUCAAGUGCUGUAUGUGCUCAUAGAACGGUACUCGAUACGUCUCUCUUUUUCUUUCUUGUUCAACCAACGGAAACCAUUUCGGACCAACACCAGAGUUUUUCCAACGUGGCAAGGCUGUCAACAGCACAUGAUUGACAAGCAGCAUUGCAAAC